AUCAAAAUCGCUAAAUAUAUUAUCAAAUUGUAGCUAAUAAAGGCGUUCGACAGUUAUGCAUGAAUAUCCCUUGGAAAAUCGACGCAUAGUGCAUGAAAAUCGCGAUUGAAAAUUUACUUUGUGUGUAGCACACACGCACACACACAUGAAGAUAAACGCAGCAAUGGCCUCGCACUCGCACUCGCAUUCGCAGCAUAUAUAAAAGCUCACUUGAAUAUUGAAGAAGGAGCGCACAAAGCAAAAGACGAGAAGAAAGAUUUCUGUGUCAUUGAACGAGGCGAAGAGGCGACGACCAGACCAGACCCAAGACCAAGGAGCCUCGAACAGCAAACGCAGCAAUUACACACACACUCAUACAUAAACAGAUGUAAGUGUAUGUGUAUGUGUAUAAUAACAGCUGCAGGUGCAUAACUCUGCAGGGAUACUAAGCUUAAGCCGCCCCCCCCUCAAACACUCGCCCUUUAAUCGAUGUCCACACAAAAACGUAACGAUCGAUAUUGACGCCGCCUGUAUCUAUAUUUAUGUGUGUGUGUAUAUAUCGCAUACAUAUGCAAUUACAAUUCAAUGUAAAUUAGUAAUCAUUACACAUUGUGCGUAUGUGUGUGUGUGAGACGGCUCCUCUCUCCUUGAAUGAAAUCAAAGAGAACGAAACGAAAUUGAAGAAACGCAAAGCGGAAAUACUCUAAAAUUGUGUCUACCUAUCUAGUGCGUGUGUGUGUGUGCUUGUGUGUGGUGUGUGUGCAAGUGUAUCAGCAGCACAGUACAUUGUGCGUGUGUCGAGUGUGUGAGUGGAAAAUCAAAGCAAGCGAGAGAGGAGAAAAACGCUGCCGCAGCUGGCAAUCCUACGCAAGAUCAGAUCAACACACAUCACAAACAUAAUUAGCAGCGAAGCAGCGCCGCUCAAGGAUUGAGCAAAAUGGCAACAACGCGAACAGCAACAGCAACAAAACUUACAGUUUUAUGACUCUGAUUUGCCUGAGAGAGAGCGCGAGAGAGUGAGAGAGAGAGAGAGGGACAACGAGAGCUUGAGGAGGUAAAGAGCAGCAGCAGCAUCCGCCGCCGCCGCCGCGUUAAGCUUGAGAUUAACUGUGGGUGAGUAAGCAAAUUGUCUCAUCAUCAUCAUGGUGGACAGUGUGCAGUGCCCCGUGUGCACCUUGUAUCUGCAUGCGGGCAUGAAUCUCUCGGAUCACUUGGAGACACAUCCCAAGGAGCAGGUCAUCAAGGCACUGGUGCAAAUGACCAUUGCUGGCAACAACAAUGGUCUGGACAGCGCCCUGGCGGCAGCUGUCAUCUCCAGCAGCAGUCGCUGCAGCGUUGCCUCAACCGAAAGCGUCGCCUCAACGCCGCCUGCUGUUGAUGUCAAACCAGAUGUGGCAUCAGUACCAACAGCGACAGCAACACAACCGCCACAGCCACCCCAACCACCACCAGCAGCAACAACAACAACAACAACAGCAGCAGCAUCAACAACAAGCACAGCGCAAUCAACAGCACCGAAGGCUGUCGCAUUGCUGGACAACGCCAGCAGCAGCAGUAGCAACAACAACAACAACAAAUUGAGCAAUCCACCGAUUAAGGCAGUUAAGAGUGCGCCACCCACGACUGAGGCGCCAGCCACCACAUCCAACAACAACACACCCACCAUAAGCAACGUGUCUGCUGUCUAUCCGGCAACCCUGACAACCGACUAUCGCUACGAACAGCAGCAACAGCCACAGCUACAGCAGCAGCACCAGCAGCUGCAUGGCUUUCCACGUGGCACCACCACUACACUGGUGAUACCACAAGCGCCGCAGCAACAGCACCACAAUUUUCUGGCCAACCAACAGCCGCCUGCGCACUUUGCCCACCAGCAACAGCAGCCGCAGUCGACCAUGAAGUUCACGUAUGCAACAGCAGCGUUGCCUCCGCCUCCCUUGCAGCUUUUUGCACAGCAGCCGACGGCAACGCAGCCGCAUCAGAAGCCUCCACCCGCCUAUGGCGCCGCCAUCAGUCAAAUUCGAUCUCAGCAUAACCAAAACAAGCAACAACACCAACAACAGCAACAGCAACCACAACACAUAAGCGUACAGCAGCAUAAUGCAAAUGCAGCACCACCGAGUGGCAAACAACAACACAAUAGCAAAAUCCAUGCGGAUAUCUUUCUGAAUCCACCGCCACCGCCACAGCUCACAAUUCCAUCGUCGGCGUCGGCGUCAUCGUUGUCGUUGUCGCUGUCCCUGUCGUCAUCGACCUCCUCAAGACUGCAACAUCCCCAACAGCACCACCAACAAUCCCAUGCGGCUAGCAGCAGCAGCAGUAGCAGUAGCAACAGCAACUAUGCAGCAACCAGCUGCACUCCCAGCUCCUCGGUUGCUCCGAUGUCCGGCACAUCGUCGGCACGCGCCAGCAGUCGCCAGUCGAGCAAUUCACCCUUUGGUGCCCUGCUGAAUGCGGCUGCGCACGCUGCAUGCUCCUCGCCCGCUUCGACUGGGGCGUCUGUGCUGCGCUAUGCCGAGUCGCCAGUGGCCCACUAUCUGGAACGGGAUAACGGUGAUUUCAUAGUGCAGGAGACGCCCAAGCACAUUGUGGAGUGUGUCGAGAAAGACGACGGUGAAUUCUCCGUGAUUGAGCGCAUCUAUCAGUCGCCACCCAGCGUUCUCCACAUACACGACGACGACGAAGAGGAGGAGGAGGACGAGGAUGAUCAGCAGGGUUGGGCAAACAGCGAUGAGGAAGAUCACGUCAAGGUGCCACACGAGCAUGUCGAGGAUGGCGAUGAUGAGCACGAGGAUAGUCGCAGCCGAGUUGCACCCAAAACGACAACGAAAAAGUCACGCAAGACAAAAUCGAGUGGCAGAUUGCACAAGCGCGCCUCCAAGCAUCAGCUGGCCACGACGACGGAGGACGAGGACGAUUUCAUGAGCAUAGGCAGCAGUUGUGCCGAAAGCGAGCAUCAUCCAGAGGAGCAGCUGCAGCAACAGCAGCCGCAGCAACAGCAUCCGCAGCAAUUAGCAUCGGCUGGGGGGGCAGCCCAGUUGGCGGCGAGCUCAUCGCCAGCUCAACUUUGCACUGCGCCCUCCACGAGCAGUGGAGCUGCUGUUGCUGCUGCUGCUGCCGUCGCCGGCAGUGGUGGUAAAUUCAUGGCCAGCGGCACCAUCAAGUCCAAAAAGAAUCGGGUAACGGUGCUCAGCGAUGUGCCGCUCAACAUGAACGAGUAUCUGGAUCUGGUGGGCAACAUUGUCGCCUCGAGUCGGAUUGGCGCAGCGCGUCCUUUUGCCGCUGUAGCGCCCAUACCGCUCGUCAAGGUGGAAAAGGAGGAACCCAUGGAUGAAUAUGAUGCCGUUGAGGUCGAGAUGCAGUUGGAGCAAAAGCCCAGCCUAGAGCAUGCUAGCGGCAGCAGCAGUAGCAGCAGCAGUAGCUGCAACAGUAGCAGCAGCAACAGCAGCAGCAGUGGACAUGGCACCACCAGCGUGAUACGCAUGGCUAGCACCAGUGCGGCGAACGUGGCCGCCGAGGAUCUCACACAGCCGCUGCCGAUGAAGGUGGAGGUGGAGCCAACGGCGCUGCUGCCGCAACGCUUCUCGGCACCGGGGCAGCUGCGUGGACCCAAGAAAUUAGUCAUCAAACCAAAGGCCACAGCGACGGCAACGGCGACGUCAACGACGAAAAAGACUGAGAACAACGCUGCUGCUAUUGCUAUUAGCAGCAACAGUAGCAAUUGCGCCGAAUCCCAUAGCAUAUCAGUGAAUACGCCCGCCGAGCUUGUGCAGAUCAAGAGCGAGAACGUGGAGGCGUCCACAUCGAGCAGUGGCAGCAUAUUGGAAAAGCAUCUGACUACCAGCUAUGCGGCACAACAGGCGGCACGCAAGCACUCCUCCGUCAACGAUGACGAUGCACGUGUCCUGCUCGAGUUUGCCAACUCGAAGCAGCUGCCGAUGCCGGGCAACAGCAAUCAUACCACGUUUGUGGUGAACGCGGCCAGUUUUGCGUCAGCCGGUUCCGUAUUUGCCAGCGGCAGCAACAGCAGCGGUGUCAAUGUGCAAAAGUCAACCAAGCCAGGCUGUGGCGAUGAGUACAUUCUGCCCGAUGACACCAAGCUGGAGGUGGAUGAAAUUGUGAUAUCCUCCUCGUCUUCCUAUGCCUCCACCUCGCAGCAGCAACAGCAGCAUCUCCAACAACAAACACAACAGCAGCAGCAGCAGCAACAACAAUCUUUGCAGCAGGCGCAACCAUCCGCCUUCACUGAGUUUAGUUUUCUGUACCACCAAAACACAACAACAGCAACAGCAGCUGCAGCAGCAGCGGCAGCGGCAACAACGGCGACAUCUACUACUUCCAACUUUGCACCGUUUGGCAUUCAGCAACAGCAACAACAGUUGCAGUUGCAAAAUCAUCCGCAGCAUGGGUCCAGCGAGGCAACCAAUGCCGCAACGCUUGCAUCCUCGUCGAGCAAUUCGUCUGCAUUGGAUCAGGAGUGCUCGAUGAAUGCCUCAUUUCGCGUGGCAAAGCCACAAUCAAUGCUGGGCACUUGGUAUCAGCCACAUCAGGCGCAGCAUCAGGUGACAUCUUCGCACAGUCCACAGCAUGUGGAUCAGCCGAGCAAUUUUAUUGCGGCUCUGUCUGCCGUCGACUGCUGCAGUGCAGCCGUUGAUAGCGAUAUGAGCGAGGCUAAAUACUUGGAUCUGGAUGCCUGCAAGCGGGAACAGCUGAGCAACAGCAGCAGCCAUAUGCCAUCCGCCUCGACAUCGACCACAUCGUCAUCGUUUGCUGCCGCAGCAACGGAGAGUAGUCUCGUCGGUGGCCUGGGUCUGAAUAUACGCACCGAUGAGAAGAUGCCCGCCAAGGGUGAGAUUUCCGAACAGGAAAGCAACUGCGACAUUGAGAACUCUUGGAGUCAAUCGAUGUAUGGCGACAUAUCACAGCGUUACUUUAGGAAUCAGUUCACGGAUGGCUACAAUCAGCAGCUGGCCGAUUGGCGUCACGACUAUUAUCCGGCGCAGGAUCUCAGUGGCCAGCAGCAGCAGCGAGAGCAAAAACGAUUUGACUUCAAUGCGGUCGCCUCGGAGUACACACAGCCGGGCGAGCUAGAAGCUUCCUCGAGCUCAACGAGGAACAAUCAUUUGUUGGAUGCACAGCCCACCACUUCCUCGUCGUCAUCGGCUUUGUUGGCUGGUCCACCAAUAGCCUCGACAUCCCGCGCUGCCGCCGAAGCGGAGGCGGUUGCAGCAGCGCUGGCUCAACGGAAGCCAGCACGUCGCAAGAUCUACAAGUGUCCACACUGUGUGGCCAUCUUCGAGAAGCUAAAGGAGCGCAAUGCGCACAUGAUUGGCGAGCACAACUAUGUGCGCCAGAAUCGGCGUCUCAUCUGCACGCAGGCGCUGGUCAGCGCUGCUAUGCUCGCCCAGCCGCUGGCUCAGCAGUCAGAGCAGCAAAUGGAGCUGGAGCAGCAGCAACAGCAUCAGUUGCUGCAGGUGAGCCACAGCACGGGCGGCGCCGAGCACGAGGAUUCCAAGGAUGGUAUUGUGAAGAUUAAACAGGAACAUUGUCACGACAAGCACGAUCCAACAUCGGAGCAAUUGCUUGGCCACUUGGAGCUGCCGGAUGUGAAAGAUGCUGGCCUGCUCGAAACCAGUGGUGAAAACGGACGCGAUGCGGACAUGAAGCCACCAAACACUGUUGCUGAGCUUGACGAGAAACCGACCAUAGCACCGCUAGCCAUGACGACGCCCGCUGCCAAACUGGCUGCUCUUUAUCGCAUGCUAAUUGCCUACAACGAAUCGAAGCUGGGCCAGGAGCGCAACAAUCUAAGCGAACUGGAGCAAAAGGCCAUGGAGAAAUCAAUAUUCUUGUGCUACAUUUGCCGCACCGAUUUCCCCUCUGUGAAGCUGUACGAUGCGCAUCUAACCGAGCAUCCCGCCGAGUGUUUUACUUGCGGCAAGAAAUUCUAUCGCUGGAAGAACUUCUCGCUGCACCUGAAACGCCAUCUGGGCUGGAAGGAGUUUGGCUGCUAUGUCUGCGACAAGAAGUUUGUGGUACGCAGCGCUCUCGUCGAGCACAUGCGGAUGCACACUGGCCAGACGCCACUCAAGUGCAAGAUAUGCGGCAAGAAGUUCAAGCGAUACUCGAACUUGACGCAGCAUCGCAAGCGCCACACUAAGAUGACGGUGCGCAAAAAGGAAUAUGUGUGUCACUGUGGCGAAGUGCUGCCCUCAAAGGCCCGCUUCCUGUGGCACAAGGAGACGCACGACUUGAAGCCCAAAUGCUGUCCUUACUGCUGCGAUCGUUUCGUGCAUGCGAACUCGUUGCGUCGACACAUCCGGCUGGCGCAUUCGGACAAGUUCGACUAUGCCGAGCCGAUGGAGUGUCCCAUGUGCAAGCAGAUCUUUGCGAAGACAUCGAUUAAGGCGCACAUGGCGACGCACUCGACGGAUCCGCAAUACGAUUGCGCCAUCUGCAACAAGAGCUUCUCCACCAAAUGGAAUCUCAAGAUACAUUCGUGGGUGCAUGCGAAUCGAACGGCCAAACCGUUCAAGUGCGAAUACUGCCCGAAGGCGUUUGUGCGCGAGUUGGACUUCAAGAAUCAUAUGAAUGCGCACAAGCAGAUCAAGCCGUACACCUGCGAAUAUUGUGGUUGCAAGUUCAUACGCAAGUACAACUAUAUGCGGCAUAGGCGGGAGCAUCAUGGCAACAAGAAGUUCACGUGCGAUCAAUGCGACAAGUCUUUCCAUCGCCACUACUAUCUGAUUGAGCAUCGGCGCAUUCACACUGGCGAGCGGCCCUUCCACUGCACCAUCUGUGGCAAGAGCUCCACCACAAAGACCAAUCACAACAAACAUCUGAAGAUUCAUCAUUCGCGCGAUCCCUUCACUGUGGAGGUGUAAAUGAAUAAGGCGACUCUAAUUGACUACAAAAUCAAUCUAACUAAAGUUUAAUUCAUUAAUUAGCUAGCUGUUCAUGGCUCUUCUCUGUGUGUGUGUAA